GCCUGGCUUUUUAAUGACAGGGUUGUGAUUUUGAUGGGUAACACUUGGCAACUGACCCUGGUCAGUGUAACGCCAUCUUGGCUACCUGGAGAGCUUCAUCAGAAAUUGAAGACAAAUUACCUGGGUUACUUUGUUUGAGAAAAAGUACUUUGACAGUUGCUAGGGAAAACUGUUUGGCGGGGAAAGGUGAAAGAUCAACAAGAAGAGUGGAAAGCUGAAGUAGCAAGCACAUAGGGAUUAGUUAGGAUCUGGUAUAUCACACAGACAUUUUUCACAGUCACUCUAGGAGGAUUACUGGCAGAAUGAAGUUAUUACAUUCUUAAAUAACAGGAACAUAUAUAUACACCUACAUGCUACCUUACUUUAAGCACUGGCAUUCUUUACUGGACAAUAGUAUUAAUUUCUACUGGCCAGUGCCUCAUAUUUGCACACACUUUUAAAGGAUUUAGUUGAGGCAUUGACCAUAGCAUCAAUCACAGAAGAAUCAAUCUGAAUUGUUAUUUAAAAUCCAUUAUAAGUCAAUUUCUGAUUAUUUUGCUCCAAGGUGUAUUUAGAGAUAUAUUGUAAUGUUUUUGCCCAAUUGUCACCACUUGCCUUUUAUAGGGUAGUGGGGUAUGAGAUUGGCAAAUCAUUUGAGGUUUGGUAUUGGAAAGCAUGACAUUAGGGAUGAAUAAUUCAUCAUCCCCAUCGACAGACAAAAGGGGAGGAGCUAAGGAUAAUAACGGGGAACACAGUGACCUGCAACAUGGUGACCGUAGUAACCGUGGCUCCCCUGUGCCAAACUUUGGUGGCACUCAAAAUAAUGAGGGAGUAAACAACCCCGAUCAGCAGGGAAUUAUGCAACAAGAUGACAGAUCACCUAGUAUACUGUCAUCUAGGAGGAAGACUCAGCAUGAGAAGGAAAGUACACUUUUCACUAGUGUCUCAAGAAAACAGACAGAAAUUGUCGCUGAAGUUGAAAAUAAAAAGGAUAAAGUUUCUGGAAGUGUGACAUCUUUACGCUCUGAAACUUAUGUCAGGCCUCCUGACCAGACCAAAGAUAAAGAUAACGAAAAUGAGAAAAAUAUAGAAAAGGCAGAAAAAGAUGUUAAAAGUAAAAAGUCGGACCCAUUGCUAGGAAGUAGAUUGAAAACGUCAGCAGAGGGUGAUGAUUUAAGUCCUGAAUCUGAGUCAAGGAAACCAACUCCAUCUCCCAGGAGGAAAAAUUCUAAUAAGAAGUCCAGCCAGGAUGAAAUUGUAGUAGGGUCACUACCUGUUGGCAAAAGCACCUUAGGGGAGUCUACCACUAGUGUAGGAGGGAACAGGACAGAAAUAUUGGCAGAGGAUUCAUAUAACAAAGGAGAAUCAGAGGAAAAAAUCUCUGGUAGUGUAACAUCAUUACGUUCAGAAACUUAUGUAAGCCCAGCAGGCAAUCUUCAUGAACAGGUUGACCAAAAUGAAAGUGAGAAAAAGCCAAAAACAGUAGAUGAAGAAAUACCAGACCUUUCACAGUCUAAUAAAGUUACAGAUUUGAAAACUACUGAAGAAGGUGAUACUGUUGAUUUAGAUUUAGAUUUAGAGUCAAGAAAACCUGCACCAUCCAGAAGAAACUCCAAGAAAAAGCCUCAGAAACAUGAGAAAGUGCCUGAGGCACCAGCUCAUAAAUCACAAUUAGAGCAAGAAAUUAAUCAGGAGUCAGGUGACAGUAGGAACUUAACAGUACCUCCACAGAGUAAAGGAGAACAGGAGGGGGAAGGAGUAGAGGAAGCUAUACCAAAAGAUGAUGUUGUGGAAAUGACUUCUACAAUGCCCAGCAUUGAACAAGUUGAUAAAACUAAGGUUGCCUCUAAGGCUGCAUCAUCACCAGAUUCAGAACAGGAAGGAGGAAUGGAAAGCAAAGCAGGAAACAAACCUGCCUUCACAGGAAAAUUGACCAUACAUGAAAGAAACCAUGUUGGCGCUACCACAAGAAGUCCUACAACAACUUCAGAUGAUUCCCAAAACUCCAGUGAAACAGACAAUAUCAAUGUGGUAGUCAGAGUGCGCCCUCUCAACAAAGUUGAGAGUGAAAGAAAAGAUCAGGACAUCAUCAAGUUUCCAGGUGAUGGUGCAGUGUGGAUUGAAAACUGGGGAUCAACAAAGUCCUUUACAUUUAAUGUGGUGUUUGAGACAGAAGCGCUGCAAGAAGAUGUGUUUGAGCACUCAGGUGUCAAGAAACUUAUUGAUAUGUCUAUAAAUGGGUUCCAUUGCACUGCAUUUGCGUAUGGUCAGACUGGAUCUGGAAAGACACACACUAUCACUGGACCACCCUCUACAUUUCUUGAUGAGAAUCUUGAGAACCACAAUGAGCAGCUCCAUGGCCUUAUCCCAAGAUCAUUUCGCUACCUAGUAGACAGUUUAAACAAACCCCAUAGUGGCACUUUCACUAUUCAAGCAUCCUACCUAGAAAUAUACAAUGAACAGGUUUUUGACUUGCUGAAUCCGAGUCAAAGCAAGCAUCUGUCCAUACGCUGGUCAAAGGAACGAGGGUUUUAUGUGGAGAAUCUGUUUAUGGUGGAAUGUGAAACAGCAGAUGAUCUGAUGGCUGUUCUAGAAGAAGGUCUUCGAAACAGGCAAGUAGGUGCACACAAUCUGAAUGAAACCUCCAGUCGUAGCCAUAGCAUGCUCUCCUUAAUGAUUGACAGUGAAGUACCAGACGGUGAUGAGAAUAUUUACAUCACUAAGCAUGGAAAGUUGACAUUUGUUGAUUUAGCAGGUAGUGAAAAGGUGAAAGAUUCUGGUUCCUCAGGUGAACAGUUGAUAGAAAGCAACAACAUCAACAAGAGUCUCCUGGUGCUAGGCAACUGUAUAUCUGCUUUGGGCGAUGCUAAAAAGAGACAGGGACAUAUUCCCUACAGGGACAGCAAGCUGACAAAGCUACUGGCAGACAGUUUAGGGGGAAAUGGUGUAGCUUUAAUGAUCGCCUGUAUUUCCCCUUCAGCUUCAAAUGUUGGGGAAACUAUGAAUACUUUGAGGUAUGCUAACAGAGCCAAGAAGAUUAGGAACAAGCCCGUUGUACAAAUUGAUCCUAGGGAGAGCUUGCUUAUUAGUUUAAAGAAGGAGCUGAAAGUUCUCAGGCAGGAAAACCAUUAUCUCAGACAGCAGCUAAAUUUUCCCGACAAACCAAAGGGCAAAUUAGCAAAAGGAAAUGAUGAAGGUUUCAAGGAGUUGCUGAGACAAGCAACUAAAAUGAAACUUGAAAAAGACCGCGAAGAGGCAGCAGUAAACCCUACAGGUGCCAGUGGUGCAGUGCCCAAACAGGACUCCAUACUCAGUGACACCAGUGCUGCACUGAAUGACAAUGGACUUUAUGAGAUGUUGCAAGAGUACAUGAUAGAAAAUGAAACACUCAGGUCACAGAACUCUGGUCUCCACUCAGGCAAAGAUAAAAUUGAGAGAGAACAUGAAAUGCUCUCAAGAGAAAAUGAAAAACUACUAAGGAAGCUGGAGCAGCUUGACAGAAUAAUGACAAGAUCCCCGUCCCUGUACAGUGCCAGGUCAUCUGGAUAUUCACAGAGAUCAACCUAUGACUGGAUUCCUUCCUAUGACAGCACUCCUCUGCAAACACCACCAUACUAUCAGUCUCGGCAGCAAUACUGGUAUGAUUCCCCCAGCUCUCAGAGCAGUGCCCGGAGCCGUGACCCCAGGGAUGCCUGGUACACACCACCCCCAGCACAGGGGGACAGGUACCAGUUACAUGGGAGGUCGAGAUCAUCACCAAACGACCUGCCCCCUUUACCAUACAAUAACCACCACGGAGGUAAUCCAUAUGAUGUGCCACCUGGUGGUCCUAAUGGAUACCAGUAUUCUCCACCACAGCGACAACACCCCAAUCCACUGCCACCUCCUCACCCAGGAAACAGGCCACCACAUAGGCUACCACCUGCUCCAAAGGCUCGGACAAAACCACCUACUUCAUACUCGGACAAGUUCCAGCAGCAGUUGGAGCAAAAACAAAACCAGGAACCUGCUAACGUCCAGAAUCCACAUCAGGGUGGCAGUCCAAAUAACUAUGGCUAUCAUGGUCAAAGAGGGGCUGAUAAAAUCCCUAGGCAGCAGUAUCAAGAUUACCAAAGAAACAACUAUGAUUCCUUUGGCUAUUGGAAUUCUGGCCCCCCACUAGGGACUGUUCCAGGACCCUCUCAAGGUCCUCCCCCUGUUAUGAGUCAUAGUGGAACAUCUGUUCCUCCACAAUCUCUUCCUCCACAAUCUCUUCCACCAAGGGGAUCACAGAGUGAAGUGCAAGGGGCUCCAGAUCUGAGAAAUGAUGGGAGAAAAGUUGGGAAAAAGAUAAGCAAAGCAGACACCAACAAGACUUCAACAUCACCCUCAGGACAUAAGGCAUCCCCAGAGCGAGGUAUGUUUUUUGUAAUGUUCAAUACCUGCAGAGGACAAACUUUUGUUGCACCAAACGACCUGCCCCCUUUACCAUACAAUAACCACCACGGAGGUAAUCCAUAUGAUGUGCCACCUGGUGGUCCUAAUGGAUACCAGUAUUCUCCACCACAGCGACAACACCCCAAUCCACUGCCACCUCCUCACCCAGGAAACAGGCCACCACAUAGGCUACCACCUGCUCCAAAGGCUCGGACAAAACCACCUACUUCAUACUCGGACAAGUUCCAGCAGCAGUUGGAGCAAAAACAAAACCAGGAACCUGCUAAUGUCCAGAAUCCACAUCAGGGUGGCAGUCCAAAUAACUAUGGCUAUCAUGGUCAAAGAGGGGCUGAUAAAAUCCCUAGGCAGCAGUAUCAAGAUUACCAAAGAAACAACUAUGAUUCCUUUGGCUAUUGGAAUUCUGGCCCCCCACUAGGGACUGUUCCAGGACCCUCUCAAGGUCCUCCCCCUGUUAUGAGUCAUAGUGGAACAUCUGUUCCUCCACAAUCUGUUCCUCCACAAUCUCUUCCACCAAGGGGAUCACAGAGUGAAGUGCAAGGGGCUCCAGAUCUGAGAAAUGAUGGGAGAAAAGUUGGGAAAAAGAUAAGCAAAGACACCAACAAGACUUCAACAUCACCCUCAGGACAUAAGGCAUCCCCAGAGCGAGAUCUACCUCAAGACCAGCUGAACCAGAAAUUAGAACAAGAACUUGCACAGUUAGAAGGACAGAUUUUGGACUAUCAGCAUCUGACACAAGAGGCACAAAGAGGACCACCUAAAGUGAAAAAGAAACCAAAGGUCGCAGCACCUAGGUAA